UCGUCUCGCUUUUUGCGGUAGUAAUCGUGAAAGUACGGAGCGACUCGUCCUUCCGAGUAGUAGUAGUAGUUCUGCAGUAGUUUUAAGUUACGUUUUGUUCUCUGUUGUGGGGACAGGAAACGCCAAGGUUGGUGGUGCAGACUUUUGUUUUUACUUGUAAACGAGCAUGUUAGCAGUUAGCUAACAACAACUACUACUAUAAGGAUCUAGCACCAGAUUAAUGGAGGACAAUGGCCCACAUCUCAAUGGACUGUACAAGCUCUUUACCAGGGAUUCCUCUCAGUGUCCUAUCAGUGCCCAUGGAGAAUAAAUACAAAUGUCAGCAAUGUCUGCAGGUGUUACGGAAACCUGUCCAGGCCCAGUGUGGACACCGUUUCUGUGUACACUGCUACAAACAGCUCACCAGCUCGGGCCCAAAGCCUUGUGAAGCCUGCCGCCAGGAAGACAUAUAUGAGGAACCUAUUUCCAUUCUAAAUAUCAAUGAGGCAUUCCCAGACAAUGCAGCAGGUCGAGAAAUAGCAAGCCUUCCUGCCAGAUGUUUAAAUCAAGACUGCACCUGGUCUGGAUCUAUUAAGGAGUAUGAGGCUCAACAUGAAGGGCGCUGUGAGUAUGAACGGAUACAAUGUGAGGCGUGCCAAAGCUUUAUCCUGUCCAAGGAUAAGGAACGACAUAAUGAGAGAGAAUGUGACGCAAGAACCCUCAACUGUAAAUACUGCAAAAUUACAUUCAACUUUAAAGACAUUAAGGCCCAUGAUGAGAUCUGUCUCAAGUUUCCCUUACAAUGCAAAGAUUGUGGCAAGAAGAAGAUACCCAGAGAAAAGUUCAAUGACCACAUCAAGUCCUGCACCAAGUCCAAGAGUGCCUGUCCAUUCAGUGAAGUGGGCUGUAAAUCUAUGAUAGAGAACGGGAAGCUCAGCGACCACGAGCACAGCAGCACCAUGGAGCACUUGCGUCUGCUGCUGCCCAUGGUGCUGUCAAUGGCCCGGACUCGUGUGGAGGCGAGUGGACCGGGGGAGUGGCAGGAGGACUCUGGGCUGGGGCUUUACAGGGCUCCAGAUGAGGGAAGUGGGGCUGCAGCCCCCGCUCACACCGUGGACUUGGACAAAAAAGUGGGUGCCCUAGAAAACAUUGUGUGUGUCCUGAAUCGCGAAGUGGAACGCAGUUCAUAUACACUGGAGGCUUUCGCACAUCAGCAUCGUUUAGACCAAGAAAAGAUAGAAAAUUUGUCUAACAAAGUACGACAGCUUGAGAGAACGCUGAAUGGGAGAGACUUGCAGCUGUCUGAAACCAUGCAGUUGGUUCGAGAACUUCAGUUCUGCACCUACGAUGGGAUAUUUGUCUGGAAAAUUACUGAUUUCUCAACCCGCAGGCAGGAAGCCGUGGUUGGUCGAGCGCCUGCAAUGUUUUCACCAGCAUUUUAUUCCAGCAAGUAUGGCUACAAAAUGUGUCUCAGGCUGUAUUUGAACGGUGACGGGACCGGUCGGGGCACACACCUCUCACUGUUCUUUGUUGUCAUGAGGGGCAAGUACGACGCGCUGCUCAAAUGGCCUUUCAGUCAGAAGGUGACCCUAAUGCUCCUGGAUCAGAACAACAGGGAGCAUAUCAUUGAUGCUUUCCGCCCUGAUGUCACCUCCACCUCCUUCCAGCGGCCAAUGAGUGAGAUGAACAUCGCCAGCGGCUGCCCGCUCUUCUGUCCACUGGCUAAGCUGGCUGGCAAGAGUCCCUAUCUAAGAGAUGACACAAUCUUCAUCAAAGCCAUUGUUGACCUUACAGGCUUGUAGAGUGCAGACUGUGGAAGUUGCACCAAAACUUGUUUGAGAAAUGAUAAGAUAUAAUAAUAAUAAUAAUCAUUAUAAUUAUAAAAAAAUCUAUAUACGUAAACCUUACUAUAUAUAAGUUUUAAAUAUGAGAUAUAUUAAAAUACAUAAAAACUAUAUCUUAAUAGUUAUGUAACUAAGUUUACAUUAUAUAUUACAAAAACAUCUAUAGACUUAGCACUGAAAACAAAUGCUAAUAUUUCUAACAAAAUAAUAAACCAUAAUAAUAAUAAUAUAUAUAUUAUAUAAUAUUAGUAGUAAGCUUUACACUGUUAACGUUUUUCACAUGUGUGUCAUGAUGAAUAACAUUCUUUCUGCAUAGUUUGGACUAUCAAACAAUAUUAUUGUAUUGGAAAAAUAACCACACUUUACGAAAUCCGAUCAUUGGUAAAACAGCUUCUUUUUUUUUACUGUCAAAUACAAAUACAUUUAAGUAAUACCUCAGUCUUUUUCAUCUUGAAAAACAUGACAAAAAGAGGUCGGGUUUGUUUUAGCUAUAUUUCAUAUUCUGUUCAAGCUUACUUUCCCAAUGAUUACAUAUAUUAAUUUCUGUGUUCAUGUUUGUGUUUUUACACUUUUUGAAUUUACAAAUUCAGAUUUGAUUUCUGAAUGAUUAUAGCUGUUCAAUGUAUUGGUGACAAAUAAAUAAAAAGUGUCUGUUAUUUAAGCCCAUUCAUAACCUUUUCUUGAAACUGAGGACUUUUGUAACCUUCAAUUAAAUGCGUCUUGGUUAUUUCAGAUUAUAGGUUUACAGAUUUGAUUUAACAGCCCAAAUAAUUCAUCAGUUGAACAAGAAAGUAAUCAAACAUUGAUUAUUAGGUUGAUCUAUUUAAGUUGAACUUUAAGACUGAACUUACUGUAAAGUCACAGCAGAAACUGAUCAAAAACAUUGCGCUUAACAGUAACUGUUGCAUUUGCAUAACAGAAUGCAUUUCUUUUGAUGUCA